AUGCUGCUACUGUUGCUGCUACUGGACCGCCGCCUGCGCGCAGAACCCGGCGACGGCGCGCGGACCUGGGCCCGCUUCGCGAGCCCGCCAACCCCAGAGGCGGCCGGCCUGCUCCACGCCGCCUUCCCCGACGGCUUCCUCUGGGGGGUGGGCAGCGCCGCCUACCAGACAGAGGGCGGCUGGCGACAGCACUAUAAGGGCGCGUCCAUCUGGGACACAUUCACCCACCACCCGCCCGGCGACAACACGCUCGCGGGCCCGCCGUCGGGCGCCCCUUCGCCGUCACCGCCCGCCACCGGGGACGUGGCCAGCGACAGCUACAACAACGUUUACCGCGAUACCGAGGGGCUACGCGAACUGGGGGUCACCCACUAUCGAUUCUCCAUCUCCUGGGCUCGGGUCCUCCCUAAUGGCAGCGUGGGCGCCCCCAACCGGGAGGGUCUGCGCUACUACCGGCGCCUGCUGGAGCGGCUGCGGGAGCUGGGCGUGCAGCCUGUGGUCACCUUGUAUCACUGGGAUCUGCCCCAGCGGUUACAGGACGCCUAUGGCGGCUGGGCCAACCGCGCCCUGGCCGACCUCUUCAGCGACUACGCCGAGCUCUGCUUCCGCCACUUUGGGGGCCAGGUCAAGUACUGGAUCACCAUCGACAACCCUUAUGUGGUGGCUUGGCAUGGCUACGCCACCGGGCGCCUGGCCCCUGGUAUCCGGGGUAGCGCGCGCCUUGGGUACCUGGUGGCGCACAACCUCCUCUUGGCUCAUGCCAAAGUCUGGCAUCUGUACAAUACUUCUUUCCGCCCAACUCAAGGAGGCCGAGUGUCCAUUGCCCUAAGCUCCCACUGGAUCAGUCCUCGAAGGAUGACCGACCACGCCAUCAAAGAGUGUCAAAAAUCUCUUGACUUCGUCCUCGGCUGGUUCGCCAAACCCGUAUUUCUUGACGGCGACUACCCGGAGAGCAUGCGGAGUAAUCUCUCGUCGCUUCUGCCUGUGUUUACGGAAUCGGAGAGAAAGUUCGUGAAGGGAACAGCUGACUUCUUUGCUCUUUCCUUCGGACCGACCUUGAGUUUCCAAUUAUUGGACCCUCACAUGAAAUUUCGGCAAUUAGAAUCCCCCAAUCUGAGGCAGCUGCUUUCCUGGAUAGACCUUGAAUAUAAUCAUCCUCAAAUAUUUAUUGUGGAAAAUGGCUGGUUUGUCUCAGGGACCACCAAGAGAGAUGAUGCCAAAUCUAUGUAUUACCUCAAAAAAUUCAUUAUGGAAACCUUAAAAGCCAUCAGACUGGAUGAGGUCAAUGUCAUUGGGUACACAGCAUGGUCACUCAUGGAUGGCUUUGAGUGGCACAGAGGUUACAGUAUCAGACGAGGACUCUUCUAUGUCGAUUUUCUGAGCCAGGAGAAGAAGCUCUUACCCAAGUCUUCAGCCUUGUUCUACCAAAAGCUGAUCGAGAACAAUGGCUUCCCACCUUUGCCUGAAAACCAACCCCUAGAAGGGACGUUUCCCUGUGACUUUGCCUGGGGCAUCGUUGACCACUACGUACAAGUGGACACCAGGCUGUCUCAGUUUACGGACCCGAAUGUAUAUCUGUGGGAUGUGUACCGCAGCAAGAGGCUUAUUAAAGUGGAAGGUGUGGUGACACAGAAGAGGAAGUCCUACUGUGUUGAUUUUGCUGCCAUCCGCUCCCAGAUUGCCUUGCUCCGGGACACCCACGUCUCCCACUUCCACUUCUCCCUGGACUGGGCCCGCAUCCUCCCCUUGGGUAACCAAUCUGGGGUGAACCACACAGUCCUGCGUUAUUACCACUGCCUGGCCAGCGAACUGGUACGCGCCAACAUCACCCCGGUGGUGGCCCUGUGGCAGCCGAUGGGCCCCCACCAUGGGUUGCCUGUCCCCCUGGCCCAGAGGGGUGCCUGGGAGAACCCCCACACCGCCCUGGCUUUUGCAGAGUAUGCCCGGCUGUGUUUCAGCAAUCUGGGUCACGCCAUCAAGUUUUGGAUCACAAUGAACCAGCCACCAACAAGGAAUAUGACGUACAGCGCGGGGCACAACCUCCUGAGGGCCCACGCAUUGGCGUGGAGGCAGUAUGAUGAGCACUUCAGGGCCUCCCAGAAGGGCCAGGUGUCCAUCACCCUGCAGGCGGACUGGAUAGAGCCAGCUUGCCCUUUUUCCCAAAAGGACAAAGAAGUGGCCGACAGGGUGUUGGAAUUCGACAUCGGCUGGCUGGCGGAGCCCAUUUUCGGCUCUGGAGACUACCCACGUGUCAUGAGAGACUGGCUGGACCAGAGGAACAAUUUUCUGCUCCCUUAUUUCACGGAGGAGGAGAAGCAGUUAGUCCAGGGCUCCUUCGACUUUGUGGCGUUGAGCCACAGCACCACCAUCCUUGUAGACUGGGAGAAAGAGGAUGCCGGGAAAUACAACCAGUACCUGGAGGUGCAAGAGAUGACAGACAUCACUUGGCUGAAUUCGCCGGGCCAGGUGGCCGUGGUGCCCUGGGGGCUGCGCAGGGUGCUGAACUGGCUGAAAUCCAAGUACGGAGACUUCCCUGUGUACAUAAUGGCCAAUGGGAUCGAUGAUGACCCGCAGGACGCCGAAGACCAGCUGAGGGUGCACUACAUCCGCCACUAUGUCAACGAGGCUCUGAAGGCUUACGUACUGGACGGCGUCGACCUUCGUGGCUACUUUGCUUACUCGUUGAGUGAUCGCACGGCUCCAGGCUUCGGUUUCUAUCGUUCUGUUGCGGAUCAACUGGAGCCCAAACUAUCCGUGAGUCAUUACAGGAAGAUCAUUGACAACAACGGGUUCCCGGGCCCCGAGAGUCUGCGGAGGUUUUGUCCAGAAGAAUCGGCCGUGUGCACGGAGUGUGGCUUCUUUGAAACGCGUAAGACUCUCCUGGCAUUCUUAGCGUUUCUGCUCCUUGCAUUUGUGAUUUCUCUGUCCCUUAUUUUUUACUACUCUAAGAAAAGUCGAAGGAGGUACAAAUAA